GAAGAAGAUGGUGAGAUGGGUAAUUUUCUUGCUAAACGGAAGCGGAAGCGGCUGCAAUUUCCUUCUUACGGAGGGGGAGAGGAAGAGGGAAGCACUGCUCAAAUCAAUAAUAAUGAUCGUCGUAAAGCCUCCCAGCUACAAAGAAAGCAAUCUGUAAAGCAGAAAUAUAGGUUUAUAGCAGAUAAUUUCUCAACCCUUGAUCAGGUUACAAAAGCUUUAAGGGAAGCUGGUUUAGAGUCAUCUAAUGUGAUACUUGGAAUCGAUUUCACGAAAAGCAAUGAGUGGACAGGCAAGGUAUCAUUCAACAACCGGAGUCUACAUGCAAUUGGUGAUACGCCAAAUCCCUAUGAGCAAGCCAUCAUGAUAAUUGGAAAGACCCUGGCUCCUUUCGAUGAAGACAACUUGAUACCUUGUUUUGGCUUUGGUGACGCUACCACACAUGAUACAGAGAUUUUUAGCUUCCACAGCGAUCAUUCAUCUUGCCAUGGAUUUGAGGAAGUCUUAGAUUGUUACAGAAAGAUUGUUCCAAACUUGAGGCUAGCUGGACCGACUUCUUACGCGCCAGUAAUUGAUGCUGCUGUUGACAUUGUUGAAAACAGUGGUGGCCAGUUCCAUGUGUUGGUUAUUGUUGCAGAUGGUCAGGUCACACGAAGUGUCAAUACACGUGAUGGAGAGCUGAGUCCACAAGAAGAGAAAACCAUCGGUGCAAUUGUUAAUGCAAGCUUAUACCCACUAUCGAUUGUUUUGGUUGGUGUUGGUGAUGGACCUUGGGAUGAUAUGAAGAAAUUCGACGAUAUGAUUCCGUCUCGCGACUUCGACAACUUCCAGUUUGUUAACUUCACUGGGAUUAUGACUAAGAAUACAAGUCAAAAGGAGAAGGAAACUGGAUUUGCUCUUGCUGCUCUCAUGGAGAUCCCUUUACAGUACAAAGCAUGCAUGGAACUUGGCAUUCUUGGACAACGAACCAGAAAAGCCAAGAAAAUAGUUCCACGGCCUCCUCCAGUUUCCUACCGUCGACCUGCUCUGCCCAAACUCAUACCAAGCAAUGCCUCGGCAUCACCGGCGGUUGCAUCAGAUGAUCAGCAGUCUGCAUGCCCAAUAUGCCUAACGAAUACAAAGGACUUGGCCUUUAAUUGUGGGCAUAUGACUUGCAGGGAAUGUGGGCAAAGAGUGUCUAAUUGUCCAAUCUGCCGUCAAAGGAUUACUAAUCGUCUUAGGCUGUUCACUUGAUCUUCAUAAUACAGUCUUCCAAGGGUUGAUUUCAGAGUU